CAUCCGCUGAUUUAAUCGCGUUGAAAGGAAAACAAACUCGAAGCAGAGAAACAGUAGAAGAACAAAACCAACAAUGGCGACGAAUGGUGUUUCCACUGAAAGUUACAAGGCUAAAGAAGCAAUCGUUUAUGCUCUCUGCAAACGAUACUCUAUAGAAUGUGAUAUCUCAAGUGAAGGGAUUCUAGGAAAUGACAUAAAGACACUUGUAUCAAACAUUUCAAAAUCAUCAACUGCAGGCACUCUGAAAAAUGAAGAGGAGGUGAUGAAAUGGGCAGCAUUUGCAGACAAAUUUCUAGCUGAUCUUGGAGCUCGAGCUGAAAUCCUCAAAGGAUUGAAUGAUGAAUUAAUCCUUAAGACUGUACUUGUAGGGGGUGGGCUCAAUUCAUCGGAAGCAGAUAUUGUUGUAUAUGCAGCCUUGCAUUCAUUUGUGAAUGAUCUUUCAAGUACUGAGAGGCAGAAAUACCCCAAUGUGCUGAGAUGGCUCGACUACAUCCAGAACAAGGAAGAUUUCAGCAACGCACUUCAAAAGAUUCAAUUGGAGAAGAUUGGAUUUGAGUUUCCUGUCUUAAAAGAUGUAGGAAAAGUGGAGGCUGAUGCAAAUUCAAAAAAACGUGCCCAGAAUAUUAAGGCUACAGAUAAGCCUGAAGCGGUGUCAGAUUCAAAGAAAAAUGAUAAGCUAGAAGCAGAUUCAAAAUCAAAGAAGAGUGAGACUGAGAAAAAACUUCCAAAAGAUGCCAAAGCCACCGAUGAGAAGAAAGCAUCACCUGAUACAUCCGCUAGCAAAGAUACAGAAACUAGUAUUAGCUUACUUAACAUAAAAGUUGGUCUUAUUAUCAAGGCAUGGAAGCACCCAUCCGCGGACAGUUUACUUGUUGAGGAGAUAGAUGUAGGUGAAGGAAGUGUGCGUCAAGUAGUCAGUGGCCUUGCAAAGUAUUGCACUCCAGAAGAAUUAACUAAUCGUCGAGUGGUGUUAAUCACGAAUGUGAAGCCUGGAAAGCUACGUGAUGUGACGUCUGCUGGACUGGUUCUCUGUGCUUCUAGUAAGGACCAAACUGCUGUGGAGCCUUUGCUUGCUCCAGAAGGUGCAAAAAUUGGAGAGCGUGUUUCAAUAUCUGGACACGAAGAAAAGCCAGAAGAUGUUCUAAACCCCAAAAAGAAGCAGUUGGAUAAGAUCACACCAUAUCUUUCAACCGAUGACGAAGGCAUUGCAACGUUCAAGGGAAUUCCGUUCAUGACGUCUGCUGGGCCAUGCACAUCUUCUAUUCCUAAUGGAACUGUCAAGUGAAACAUGUCAGAUUUACUUUCUAGCUAGAAAAUGAUAAAUGAAUCACAAGCUAUUAAAAUGCGUGACUUUUAUGUCUGUUUGAUGGCAUCAUGUCUACAUCUGCCUCUGCAUCAUUCAGAUUUAAACAAGUAAAUUUAUUUUUAAGCCUAUCAACAAAUUAGUCAAUGUGUAGAAUCUUAAUCACUUUGUACUUUUUCAAAAUGUCGAUAUUUAGAACAAGUCUUACUGCA